UACUCAACUAGUGCUAGUAGUCUCUCGCAAUUAAUAAAGCUCCCUUCUCCUCCACCACCUCUCUUUCAAGUGUCAGCUCUCUCACUCUUCAAAACCCCCUUCUCUCUCUCCCUCUUUCAUUUUUUUUUCUUCUUCUUCUUCCCUAACACACACAGACUCCUGUACUUUCCUCACCGUACAUUUAUACAGCGCACGGGGAGCAUCCGUGUAACUGUUUUUCUAGAUCUCUACCGCAUUUCAUGGAUCUGCAACCCCACACAACACGUUAUGCUUGAUACUCAAUUCAACGGUGGCCUCAGCCGGAGCUCCUGGAACUUCCGCUGGAUCUCCAGCAAGCUUCAAGGCCUUUGGUUUUGACAAUGCUUUGGAUUUUGGUUUGACGUAAGAUGCAUACCUUGACGACGUCGCUGCUUGUUCUUUGCUGGUCUAGCUUUGUUCUUGCUUGUUUAGGACAUCCAUUACUUCAUGUGUAUUCGUCUCCUUUGCCACCAAGUUGGCGAUUAUCUGUGAAAGACAUUUUUGUGCGACACGGAAUGUCAGCUGCAAUGAGUUUGUCAUUUGCUCGAUCACAACCAUCUCAUAGUCAUGUGGUUCAGCCUUCUUUGGGCCCUUCCCUCUCACCUGCACCUUCUCCAGCACAUCAAGAUUUUCUCCCUGUUCCUCAUAGUGCACCCUUACCAAGACAUCAUGGUGGUCAUCACAGACAUCAUCAUCGCCCUGUGAAACCUGCUGUGACUGCUCCAUCCCCUUCAGAAGAGCAAAGCUGUGAUCAAAUAUGCACUGAGCCACUCACUACAGUUCCCUUUGGCUCACCUUGUGGCUGUGUUUUUCCUAUGAAAGUCAGACUUCUCCUAGAUGUGGCACUGUAUGCAGUUUUUCCUGUUAUGAGAGAACUAGAGAGUGAAGUUGCAGCAGGCACGUAUCUGGAAGAGAGUCAGGUGAAAAUAAUGGGUGCAGGUGCUGAUAGUCAAAAUCAGGGGAAAACUGUGGUGGAUAUCAACUUGGUUCCACUUGGAGAGAAGUUUGAUAAUACUACGGCAAUACUUACAUAUGAUAGAUUUUGGAAAAAGAAAGUGCCUUUAAAUAUAACUCUUUUUGGUAAUUAUGAAGUAAUAUACAUUAGUUAUCCAGGGAUUCCUUCUUCAUCACCAUAUCCAAACUACACGGGGAGUGGUCCAAGUGGAAGUACCAGGGAUCUCCCCAUCACUGCUAAUUUUGUAAACAAGAACCAGAGGAUGAAUCUUAGAACCAUUGUCAUCAUUACUCUGUCAUCAUUUGUGGUUUUAGUGGUUUUCAUUGGAGCAAUUGCCAUUGUCAUAAGAUGGAGAAAAUCUGGAAGACCAUCAAGUGCUGUUGGUCCGGCAUUCAUGUCCUCUAUAAAUAAAAGAUCUGGCAUUGGGUCUUUCUUGUCAAGUAGCAUUGCAAGCUCAACACCAAUGUCCCUCAUGUCCAACAUGGCUACUUGUAUGCUCUCUGUCAAAACAUUUACAUUCGCUGAGCUUGAGAAGGCAACUGACAAGUUCAGUUCAAAGAGAAUUUUAGGUGAAGGGGGAUUUGGACGUGUUUUCGAUGGAAGUAUGGAAGAUGGAACUGAAGUUGCUGUUAAGCUGCUUACAAGGAACAAUCAAAAUGGAGACCGUGAAUUUAUUGCUGAAGUUGAAAUGUUGAGUCGGUUGCAUCACCGCAACCUCGUGAAACUCAUUGGCAUAUGUAUUGAAGGGCGCACACGCUGCUUGGUGUAUGAACUUGUUCGGAAUGGCAGUGUAGAAUCACACUUGCAUGGUGUUGACAAUAACAAGGGACCUCUUGACUGGGAUGCACGGUUGAAGAUUGCCCUUGGAGCAGCUAGGGGAUUGGCUUAUCUUCAUGAAGAUUCUAAUCCUCGUGUAAUUCAUCGAGAUUUUAAGGCUAGUAAUGUUUUACUAGAAGAGGACUUCACCCCAAAGGUCUCUGAUUUUGGCUUGGCGAGGGAAGCAACGGAAGGAAGUCAUCAUAUUUCUACCAGGGUGAUGGGAACUUUUGGGUACGUUGCCCCUGAAUAUGCAAUGACAGGGCAUCUACUUGUAAAGAGUGAUGUUUAUAGUUAUGGGGUUGUGCUGCUUGAGCUUCUAUCUGGAAGAAAACCCGUGGAUAUGUCACAACCCCCGGGACAGGAAAAUCUAGUGACUUGGGCACGCCCACUGCUAACUAGUAGAGAAGGAUUGGAGCAGUUGGUGGAUCCUUCCCUGGUAGGAAGCUAUGACUUCGAUGACAUGGCUAAAGUGGCAGCCAUUGCUUCCAUGUGUGUUCACUCAGAGGUGGCUAACAGGCCAUUCAUGGGUGAAGUUGUGCAGGCUCUGAAACUGAUAUAUAAUGACACAGAUGAGACUUGCGGAGACUACUGCAGUCAAAAGGAGUCUUCUGUUCUGGAAUCCGACUUUAAAGGCGAUCUCGUUCCUUUGGACAGUAGCUGGUGGAAUGCCGGUGGGAUCUCCCCUCGGUUAACUUAUGGGAGAGCCUCUUCUUUCAUUACGAUGCAGUACAGUUCAGGUCCACUUGAAGAGAUGGAAAACAGACCGUUUUCAGCUUCAAGUUUAGAUGGGGAUCGGUGGUUGUCUUUGCCGAUACAUGGGAACCGGUCUGGUCCCUUGAAAACAGUAAGAAGUAAACCAUCCUUUUAUAGAUUAAGGGGCAGCAUGAGUGAACAUGGAGGGGGGCUCCUGUCAAGGCGUUUUUGGAAUGAUGGGUAUUGUGUUUGAGGUUUUUUUUCAAGAGGUGUUUUUGGAAGUGUACAGUUCCGGAGGACCAGGGCUUUCUGGUCUAUUGUAGUUUAGGUGUCUGGUGUUUAUGGGGUUUCCAUGUCUGGAUGAGAGAUAGAGAGGCCCUCGCUUCUGAUUUUGAAAAUCUUUAUUCAUGUUACAGAAAUUUGGAGAUGUAAGUUGAAUACACUCGUAUUUAUUAUUAUGGACUCUCUGCUCCAUUUAUAUAUCCUUCUGGGACAAAGAGCAUUCUCUCUCUAUGCUACAAUGCAACAAAGUUUAGAGUUUCAUUCCGGUGAAA